CGCCCUGGGCGCGCGGCCCCGCCUCGCUCGGACUGGCCCAUGUGGGACUGAGCCAUGUCGAGGCCGCAGGGACUGUUAUGGCCGCCCCUGAGCUUCACCCCGGCGUGCGCGAUGCUGCGCGCCCACCUGCUGCUGUGGCUGACCGCGCUGGCCACCCACUUCUCCCUGCUGCACGGCCAGGCCCAGUACCCGGUGGUCAACACCAACUACGGCAAGAUCCGGGGCCUGCGCACGCCGCUGCCCAAUGAGAUCCUGGGCCCGGUGGAGCAGUACCUGGGGGUCCCGUACGCCUCGCCGCCCACCGGGGAGCGGCGGUUCCAGCCCCAGCCCCCCUCCUCGUGGACGGGGGUGCGCAACGCCACGCAGUUCGCCGCCGUGUGUCCGCAGCACCUGGACGAGCGGUCGCUGCUGCACGACAUGCUGCCCAUCUGGUUCACCGCCAACCUGGACACGCUGAUGACCUACGUGCAGGACCAGAACGAGGACUGCCUCUACCUGAACAUCUACGUGCCCACGGAGGACGGAGGCAACACAAAGAAAAAUGCCGAUGAUAUAAGCAGUAAUGACCGUGGUGAAGACGAAGACAUCCACGAGCAGAACAGCCGGAAGCCGGUCAUGGUUUACAUCCACGGGGGCUCCUACAUGGAGGGCACCGGGAACAUGAUCGACGGCAGCAUCCUGGCCAGCUACGGCAACGUCAUCGUCAUCACCAUCAACUACCGCCUGGGCAUCCUAGGGUUUCUGAGCACCGGCGACCAGGCGGCCAAGGGCAACUAUGGCCUCCUGGACCAGAUCCAGGCGCUGCGGUGGAUCGAGGAGAACGUGGGGGCCUUCGGGGGUGACCCCAAGCGAGUGACCAUCUUCGGCUCGGGCGCCGGCGCCUCCUGUGUCAGCCUGCUGACGCUGUCGCACUACUCGGAAGGGCUGUUCCAGAAGGCCAUCAUCCAGAGCGGGACGGCGCUGUCCAGCUGGGCCGUCAACUACCAGCCUGCCAAGUACACUCGGAUAUUGGCAGACAAGGUCGGCUGCAACAUGCUGGACACCACGGACCUGGUGGAAUGCCUGCGGAAUAAGAACCACAAGGAGCUCAUCCAGCAGACCAUCACCCCCGCCACCUACCACAUCGCCUUCGGCCCCGUCAUCGACGGCGACGUCAUCCCGGACGACCCCCAGAUCCUCAUGGAGCAGGGCGAGUUCCUCAACUACGACAUCAUGCUGGGCGUCAACCAGGGCGAGGGCCUGAAGUUCGUGGACGGCAUCGUGGACAACGAGGACGGGGUGACCUCCAACGACUUCGACUUCUCCGUGUCCAACUUCGUGGACAACCUGUACGGCUACCCCGAGGGGAAGGACACCCUGCGGGAGACCAUCAAGUUCAUGUACACGGACUGGGCGGACAAGGAGAACCCCGAGACGCGCAGGAAGACCCUGGUGGCUCUGUUCACCGACCACCAGUGGGUGGCGCCGGCCGUGGCCACGGCCGACCUGCACGCCCAGUACGGCUCGCCCACCUACUUCUACGCCUUCUACCACCACUGCCAGAGCGAGAUGAAGCCCAGCUGGGCCGACUCGGCCCACGGCGACGAGGUGCCCUACGUGUUCGGCAUCCCCAUGAUCGGCCCCACCGAGCUCUUCAGCUGCAACUUCUCCAAGAACGACGUCAUGCUCAGCGCCGUGGUCAUGACCUACUGGACCAACUUCGCCAAGACCGGUGACCCCAACCAGCCCGUUCCUCAGGACACCAAGUUCAUCCACACAAAACCCAAUCGCUUCGAGGAAGUGGCCUGGUCCAAAUACAACCCCAAAGACCAGCUCUACCUACACAUUGGCCUGAAGCCCAGGGUGAGGGACCACUACCGGGCCACCAAGGUGGCCUUCUGGCUGGAGCUGGUGCCUCACCUGCACAACCUCAACGAGAUAUUCCAGUACGUGUCCACCACCACGAAGGUCCCGCCCCCCGACAUGACCUCCUUCCCCUACGGGACCCGGCGCUCCCCCGCCAAGAUCUGGCCCACGACCAAGCGCCCGGCCAUCACCCCCGCCAACAACCCCAAGCACGCUAAGGACCCCCACAAGCCGGGGCCCGAGGACACCACCGUCCUCAUCGAAACCAAACGGGAUUACUCCACCGAGCUGAGCGUCACCAUCGCCGUGGGGGCCUCCCUGCUGUUCCUCAACAUCCUGGCGUUCGCCGCGCUCUACUACAAGAAGGACAAGCGGCGCCACGAGACGCACCGGCGGCCCAGCCCGCAGAGGAACACCACCAACGACAUCGCGCACCUGCAGAACGAGGAGAUCAUGUCCCUGCAGAUGAAGCAGCUGGACCACGACCACGAGUGUGAGUCGCUGCAGGCGCACGACACGCUGCGGCUCACCUGCCCGCCCGACUACACGCUCACGCUGCGGCGCUCUCCCGACGACAUCCCGCUCAUGACGCCCAACACCAUCACCAUGAUCCCCAACACGCUGACGGGGAUGCAGCCCUUACAUACGUUCAACACCUUCAGCGGAGGCCAGAACAGCACCAACCUGCCGCACGGACACUCCACCACGCGGGUAUAGCUCAGCGGGGCCCUCCCCUCCCUCCGUGCCCCCCGGGCCCCACCCAACGAGCAAGAGAGGGUUUCCCGUUGACUUCAGACACGAGAACACGGGAGAGCAAAGGGGCGGCCACUUCCUCUUCCCCCCACCCAUGGACCCGUCCCGCGGGGCUGCCCCGAGCUCGCGUGUGACCCCAUGACAUGCGGCCGGCGCCCGCGACAGGUGCAGUCCCGCUUCAAGGCCGGGUCCUGGCCGUGCCCGAGGUCACCAGAGACUCUUCACGCUCUGGAACUCAACCGGGGCUCCCCAAGUUCGUUUUUUUAAUUUGGAUCGAAAAUACAGAAAGUCCUUCCCGUGCCGUGCGUACCCCUCGGUGGCUCUGCCUCCGCGGAGACCGAGUCCCGGCGCCCCCAGCCUUCGGCGCUGUCGCCCGGACUGGAGGGCGAGCGGGAUCGUGUGCGGAACGUGCGAGACCUGACUCUGCCCCUCCCGUGCUUCUGUGCGGAGAGACGCUUCGCCGGUCUGGACUCUAUUUAAGAAACUUUGUAAAAAUGAAAUUGUACAUAGCUGUGCGUUCCGACACACACAGGGGACACGAGGCAGAACAAAACAAAGCUUUUAUUGGUGUUUUCCGUUUGAAAGAGCUUCUAGCGAGAUUGUGCUUCCAUGUGCUCCAUCUGUAUAUAAAAGUAGAGCUCGGCCCAGCCACACGCGGCCCGGGGGAGCUCAGUCCUCCGAGGCCCCGGCGGUGAACGGAGACCUGGGGUUCGCGUCGGCGGGCGGGGCAGGCAGGGUCUCCGGGCGCACCCCGCGGGGUGCUCGCUGCAUGCACGGCAUUCUUAGGACACCAUUCAUUUGCGAGGUUCAGGGGCUCAGGGGCCCGGUGCAGGCAGCGCGAUGCCAGGGCCCCUCUGUGGCUCUGCUGGUCUCCGGCCAGGCAGGGCAGACACCCCGGGGCUGCUAGGAACGAGCGAGCUGGCUCUGCGGGCGCCCCAGGCAGUCGGGUUCCCAGCAGCUGCGCCAGGCUGUGCCCACGAAGGACCUGCUCGGCUUCCCUGAUCCGAUGGAGCGGACGUGGGUGUCUGGGUGUGGUCCCCGAGGCCGCCAUUGAUCAGCACGUCGGGGGGCUGUUUCCUUACUUCUUCCUACCCCUUGUGGGAUCCAGCCGGCGCUGGUCUGAGGGGGUGGCUGUGUGGGGUCUGUGUGUCCGUCACCAUCGAUGGGAAACAAUGGCAGGGGCGUGGGCUGCGGUCUCCCGAGAGACCGUGGGAAGGACUCCCCCAUUUUGAGUGGGCGUCCCGGGGGCUGAGGUGUGCCCUCCGCAAACCUUUCCAUGUUCUCAUCUCAUUGUCCUCCAGGAGCGUGGGAGGGGGUCCGAGGGAAAGGCAGGGAUGACCCGUGCUGCUGUUUUGGCCCGGCGGAAGUCCUUGCAGCGUCUACACUCAGUGGGCAGGUAACGUGCCUGAGCUGGAGGCGACCGCCGGCCUCCCUCGCCCUGGCCAGGAUGGGUGUCGUCCAGCAGCUGCCCCUGCGCCCACAGCUCAGCUGUCCAGGUGCCCGCUAGAAACGCAGUUCUUAGAAAAGCAUCCCGGUCACUCCCCGCAUUCCGUUGCUUCUCCAGCUUGGCCCCCAGCGCGACGCUUUGCACAUGCCGACGUGAGCAGAGCCCCAGGCAGCAGCUGUCCUGAGGAGACCCACCCCCCCCCCGUCCCCACUGCGUCCCCCGCGAAAGCUCAUUGGCCACUCGGCCCCUGGUCCACCCAUCUCUCAGCUGUCUGUCCCCGGCCCGCCAGGACACGGUCUUGGCCACCACGUGGGUUGGUAUGUCUGUGAUGUGAAUCUGUUUAGUAUUUCCACUUGUCUUCUGCAAUAUGCACAGUAACUUAUCAGGCUUGUGACAUUUGGGUAAGGGAAAAAAAAAAAAAACACAGUCAUUGUUAAGUGAAAUAACUUUAGCUUUUACAGAGGAUUAUGACGAAAAGCAAUUUAAUACACCUUCAACGAUACCUUAUUUCUACAUGGAAAGAAGUUAUAGAAUCUUCAUAGAGUUCUAUGAGCAUAAAAUAUACUUGCUAUCUAUAAAAAAGAGGAAAUAAAGACCAAAAAAAUGAGAAAAAAGAUAAGUCAAAAAUUAAUAAAAAAAAAAAAACACAACUUUGGUAAGCUUUUAUUCUCAAGCUCCACAGGCACGCAGGGUUCAGUGGUUUGUUGGGUUAUUAUUUCGCGGUUUUGUUUUUCAUUUUGCCUUAAGUAAUGAUAGAAGAUAUAUAUGGCUGGAUACAUAUGUAUAAACUUUUCAGCAGCAUUUUUAAUAAUAAAAUA